AUGGAAGACUGCUACGGUGCCAAAAGGGCUGGGGGAGGGUAUGCGCGUCGUCGAUCGGGUGGCGAUCUCCAAGAAACCUCCUGCAAGGCUAUUACGGACCAUGUGGUGACUACCCAACCGGGUGAUGAUGUGCAAUCGCAGGCUCUGAUUUCUAUACAAGGGAGCCUGCGGUCUAAUUCUUCUCGAAAUGAGAGCACGGAGCAGGCCUGGGGAGUUUCGGAGCUGAGGAUCCUGAUUCGCCUCUCGUAG